GCCAGGUUCACUUGCCACCUUGUCAGUUUCUGCAGGCGAUGGAUACGGCCGGCAAUUUGAGGCUUCAUCUUUCUUUGUCUUUUAAAUAUCUCCAUAGAGAUUACAAGCACCAGCAUUUCUCAUUUUAAUGAGAAAGCAAGGACUAUAAUUUUGUUCUCCCUACUGAUAUGCACUGAAGUCUUGCAAAGCAUGGAUGGGGAAGAGGAAACAUAACUGGUGAAAAUGGAGGGUAUAUUGCACAAAUGGACAAACUAUUGGAAUGGGUGGCAGCCACGUUGGUUCAUCCUGGAAGAUGGCAUCCUGUCCUACUACCAGUCCAAGGAGGAUGUCUCCAAGGGCAGCAAGGGCUCCAUCAAGGUGUCCGUGUGCGACAUCGGCGUGCACGCCACGGACAGCACGCGGCUCGACCUGACCAUCCCGUCCGAGCAGCACUACUACCUGCGCGCCGGCUCGGCGCAGCAGCGCCAGCAGUGGCUGAUCGCUCUGGGGUGCGCCAAGCAGGCCGCUGGCAAGGCCCGCACCGGUCGCCAGUCCUCAGGCGACACCGGCACUGAUAACGUGCGCACCAAGAAGUCCGAGCUGCGGCUGUACUGUGACCUGCUGAUGCAGCAGGCGCACCAGGUGAAGACGGCGGCCUCCGACCCGGACGGACCCCAGCUGCAGCAACUGGAGGAGGCCACCUCGCUGCUGGGCCCCACGUGCGACACGUUCAUACGCACGCUGGAUGAGUGCAUGGUGCUGAUCGCGCGUGCCACGGCCGGCUCCCCGCCGCCCCACCUUACCGAUCUGGGCAUGCCCCUGCACGCUGCCCAGCAGAAGCGGGAGAAGCGGGCCUCCACGUCUUCCAACGACUACUCGCGUUCUAACUCUGUGGGCAGUUAAUGGAUGCGUCGCAACGGACGCCUUGUGUCUGGUCCGCACUCCCGACUACCGGCAGCACGCGGGGCCACCGAACUCACUUGUCACAGACCGCACUUAUUCACCUGCGGGUCAAGUGGUGUGUCUGGACUGACAAGAUUCUAGGAAGCGAGCGUUCCACCCCGGCCGAAUGGGUGUGGCGCUACACGUGUCGUUCUCGCGGUGAAGUAUAAAAUGUGCAAUGGCGGCCGGGUCACUGGUUCACGUGCUCCGUUGUGUGUGUGAGAUCUCAGUUCGCCUGUGUUCCUUGAUCACACCGCACGUUUGAUUGAUAACUGUUCAGUUUACUGUUGGUAACAGAGUCUAUUUUAUAUACAUUGGCGCUUGUGAUAUCGUGCUUGCGCUGCCGUGCUCCAGUGUCCCUGGGCAACAUAAUCGGCUUCGAUCGGACUAUGUAUGCUAGGCAACGGGUCGAAAUAGAGGUAUGCAGACGCUUGUCGUUGGGUCAACAGGUACGAAUAGAUGUAACGCACGAAAUACCCGCAAAUGCGCCACGACAGUGGACCCAAAAACGUGUGGUAGGCGUGGCUUUGUGACGUCUUUUGUCCGUCAAUCCCAAGUUUUACACCACACGCUUUAACAAAAAAGGUAUUCUGGGCUGCGACUUCACAUAUAAUCCCGCGCACAGCACUCAGGGAACAUUUAGCCGCAUCUUAACGCCGUCAAA